UCUCAAUUUUAUAAUAACCCUGACAAAAUUAUUUUUGGGACUUUUCUCAGAUCAUAAUUAUUCUCAAGAAAAAUUCCCUUACAGGAGAAAGGACGAGAGAUCGGAGGCUGAUCUUAAGCAAGUAUUGUGCAUAAACCGUUCGGGUAUCCUAACAUCCAGAAAACGGAACUAUAUUCUACGAUAAGAAGGACAAAACUGGAUUGUUUACAAGACGAAAUUGCGAAAUAGCAAUAGCUCAACCGCAAGAUACAGCACUAAGUUUUGAAAAUGGAAUCAGCAACAAGUGUCGAUUCUUCCUAUCCUGGACUUACAGCUAAUCGACAGAAAGUUAGUCAACAGCACCCCAAAACAGUUUUUACGAACAUUAGUCUACCGUCGCUGAGUUCAACGCCUUUUUUAACGUGUUAGACUAGACGCAAAUAUCCUUUGCAAAUCUGACUUGGUUGACGUUUAGGAACAGAUAAUCUGUCAUUACAUCUUUUCAUCCAAGGUCGGAGAAAAUUGACAAAUUUUGUAUUUGACCUGGACAUCAAUUCAUCAGCUUCAUCAACUUUGUUUGGCUUAAAUUAAGGUACAUUUUUUACAAUAUUUGUGCUUAUAAUCGCCAUGAAGCUCUUGGAAAAUCCGACGUUUGACGCCAUUGGUGCAGCUCUCUCCGGAAUUGGAAGUGGAAUAGAAGCAAGACUGGAAAGUUACUCCUGUAAGAUGGCAGGCAAUGACAAGAAACUGUUCAAGGAUCUUGUUCAUGAGGGAGGUUCCCAGCCUAAUGACCUUCAGGUUCUGUCUCCCCCUGAGACUGGCUUGCCACACAGUCCAACCAGACAGUACAGCCGCAGUGUGAGCAGUGAUGAUGGGCAGGGAAUCCUGUGUGACACCAUCAGUACCAAGACACUGUUCUAUCUCAUCUCUACCCUCAAUGCCUCCUUUAAUCCCGACUAUGACUUCAGCAAGGCAAAGAGUGACGAGUUUAGCAAGGUGCCCAGCUUGCAGUGGGUCAUAAACUCAGUUGAGAGUCAGCUGGCGGCGUCCCUGGAUAACUUUCACACUCUCAAAUCUCAGCUGUGGAAGGCCAUUGACGAUGAGAUUAAGCUGAAUGAGUGUGAUAUUUAUAGCUAUAACCCUGACCUGAGCUCAGAUCCAUUUGGUGAGGAAGGAUGCAUUUGGAGCUUUAACUAUUUCUUGUACAACAAGAAGCUGAAGAGGAUUGUCUUCUUGUCAUGCAAGUGUAACAGCCACCAAUUUGCUAACUUUGACUCGGGCUAUGGCCAGGAGUUCAGUAUGGAGAUGUCAGGUGAUGAUAUGGAAUAUACUGAAGAGGAGAAUUGAAUGAUACUCAGUCAGAACAGUGAACAACAAGCAUGCUCAGCAGAUGUACAAGUGUUGAUGGAAGCACAGUCCAUUCUCUAAGAACUUCACAGAACAAAAACUUACAGCGAUACAUUGAAGAUAAUCUGCAGCAUAGAGUUUUGUAUUAUGCAUGCACCUUUUACUCAUAGCAAAUCACUUAUAUGUGAUUGUGGAAAUGGUUAACUUUGUUUCUGUAUUAUUAGAAAAAAGACAAAAAAAUCAGACAUGCAUCGGUUGUGUUUUGCUCUGGCACCAACUAACUUCAUCAUUUUCAGAAAAAAAAAUUGUAUUUUUUAUUUGUACAUUCAAUUUUUCAUGUUCUUUACAUGUUCUUUGAUUUUAGACAUCUUCAGUUGUAGAUUUUUGCAUGCAUGCCAUCAUAUGUCAUUAUACAUAUAAUACUGUAUUUUAUUAAUGAACAGAUCAAACAGAUCUCUGAUUCAUAUGUCAUGUAUAUAUACCAUGAUUCCACAUCAUAAAUAUCUUGCCUUCAGUAGUAUUUAGAAUACUAGAUUAUAUAAUUUUAGCUUAUAUCAUAUAGUGCAGUUUGGUAGGAUUAUUUUUAUAUGCUUUACAGUUAUAUCUGAAUGGUAUUAGGAGAGUUCAAUAAGGUGUAUAAAAAGAAAUGCAUAAUUUCAUCCUGUUUUUAUUGCAUGAUAUUAAGACUUGUUUACCUUUUUCCCCUAAAGAUAAAGGAUAUCAAACAGUUGUUUUUAAGAUAUAGGUUUAGCACGCCUGUAUACACAUGUAAUACAUAUACCUUAAUUUUUUGCAGCUUCAAGAAUUCUGACUGUUAAAGAGUAAAUAGAAGAUCUUGGUUUAGUCAGAUUUGUACUUUUGUCAACUCGUUUAAAGUAUUGUGCUUAACUACUAGUGGUUUGUAUUACUUAUAGUAAUUAUAAGAUAGCAAUUGUUCUGUUAGCAGAAGUUAUGGCUUGUGG